AUCUCUCUGGAGGUUCAGCAUGUAUUUAAAAGACAAAAAAUACUUAGAGAGAAGAGUACAGGCUGUCAGAGAUGUUGACUGGCGAGUAGAGGAAAUGGGGAUCUCUUAUGCUACAAAACCGUCAUCGAGAAAGCCUGGGAGCUGCAAACCCAAAGCGCACUCGCCUCGAGGUGGUCGCGUGACGCCGAGCCGCUCUACUCCCAUUAGGACUGUCAACGUCCGACCCCUGCCGCUGCGAAACACACCUGCAUCCAAACAUCACGCUCACAUCACACGCAAGGUGCAGUCACGCGCGACACAUAAGAGCAGCCAACAGGCUUCACGCGGCUGCUCGACGCAGCCACACCAGCAGAACCCAGCAUUCAGCGAUCACCACGCAGGCUGCACCUUCUACUGCUAUUUUUGCUACUGCUGUUACAGCUGCUGCCUCACAUUGCUCUCUUUUUGUCUCCUUCUUCUCCUGUCUCCACCUCCCAACGUUCCUUCCAAUGCUCUUUCCUCCACUUUGACCUCAAACACUACUGCUUCCUCCUCUCCCAUCCCAUCUUCUGCUUCCUGUUGGGAUCAAAUCUCCUUUUUCUGUCCGGAUGCCAACCUAACUGCUUCCUCCCCUGUGUCUCCUCACCAUCUUGCCCCUCCCUGUUUGAUUACUGAUGACUCUUUACCUUUCUAUACCUCCUCAUUUCCUGACCACCUCACUCCUGAACAACUCUCCUCCUGCCGUGCCUCAACUUGCAUCACUGCUACCUCCUCUUCUGUAUCUGACUCCCUUUAUUCUCGCCAUAAUCCAAUUCUCUGCCGGCCUUGGCCUUCCACACGCUCUCUUUCCUCCCUGCUCCUUUGCCCCCCCAGCUUUGGGGAUCCGGUGUUAUCCUAUGCCUCCACCCUGGAUCACAUUCCUGCUGGGCCGGCGCGGCCUCGGACGCUGCUUCGCCAGCAAAGUCUCCAGCAGCCUCUUAUCCACCCACUGGGCCCGGUCCUCAGCCAACCCCCCACCACGUCCCAGAGCUUGGGGCAGUUACACACUGCACCUGGACAGCACGGGGGAGGCGGGGGAGCUCAGAGAGGAGAGGGAGGUGGCAGCGGUGGUGAGGGUGGGGGUGCAGGUAUCCGAGGCGGCUCCCGAGGGGCACGUGGAGGCCAAGCCGGAGCAGCUACCUCUCGCUAUCGGGGAGGUGGUGCAGGAGGGCGCUCGCGAGCUAAUCCAGGGAGCUGGGAUUACAUGAUGGACCAGAUCAAGAAUCGGGGUCUGGAUGUCAAGUCCUUUCUUGAAGGCAAGCUGGUGGUCCUGGCUUUGACCAUUGGUGUGGCAGAGCAAGAUGACUUUGCCAACAUCCCUGACCUGCACGAAACGGCGCAGGCAGCGCCACCAGCCAACCAAGAGCCCCCACCCGAGAAGAGGGGUAACAAGCCAGCUAACAGCCCCAAGGGCCAACCCCCUGAUGCCGACGGCCACUCCUCUGUGACGGACUUGGCCAACUCUCUCACUGGAGACAUGGUGAUGCUGUCUCCAGGUUCAGAGGAUGAUGACGGAGAAGGGCCGGUGAGUGAAAAGCUGGGCCGGAUCCAGUUCAGCAUAGGCUAUAGCUUCCAGAACACGACCCUUACAGUCAAAGUUCUCAGGGGUCAGGAACUCCCAGCCAAGGACUUCUCCGGUACGUCAGAUCCUUUUGUGAAAAUCUACCUGCUGCCUGACAAGAAGCACAAGCUGGAGACCAAGGUCAAGAGGAAGAACCUUAACCCCCACUGGAAUGAAACUUUCCUUUUUGAAGGCUUCCCUUAUGAGAAGGUGAGAGAGCGCACCCUCUACCUCCAGGUGCUGGACUAUGAUCGCUUCAGCAGGAAUGACCCCAUUGGAGAGGUGUCAAUCCCCCUCAACAAGGUGGAACUAGGCCAGCUGAAGACCUUCUGGAAGGAGCUCAAACCCUGCAGUGAUGGCAGCGGGAGACGAGGAGACCUGCUGGUGUCCCUCUGCUAUAAUCCUACAGCCAACACCAUCACUGUGAACAUCAUCAAAGCCCGCCAUCUUAAAGCCAUGGACAUCGGGGGCACCUCAGAUCCCUAUGUGAAGGUGUGGCUCAUGCACAAGGACAAGCGUGUAGAGAAGAAGAAGACAGUCGUGAUGAAGCGAUGUUUGAAUCCUGUUUUCAACGAGUCUUUCCCUUUCGACGUGCCCGCUCACGUGCUGAGGGAGACCACCAUCAUCAUCACCGUCAUGGACAAGGACAGGCUCAGCCGCAAUGAUGUUAUCGGCAAGAUCUACCUAUCGUGGAAGAGUGGACCAGCAGAAGUGAAGCACUGGAAAGACAUGCUCGCCCGGCCGCGCACUAACGUCGCUCAGUGGCACUCUCUCAAGGCCUGAUUGUACCACCGAGCUUCCUCCACGGCCAUUUCCUGUCUCCCAAACUCCUUCUCCUGUUCCCUACCUACUCCGCCACCCUCAGCCCCCUCCUACUCCCAUCCUUAUGCACAAGACUGACUUGCUGCCAGGCUGCGAAACACGGGUACAAUUAGCCAUCUGCUCUCUUAAACCUUUAAACUCCUCUCUCUUUUCUUUCUAAAUCUCCACUUCCUCUCCCAUUUCUCUCUGCACCCCCCAUACUGUUUUGUCUGUGCAUGCGCGUCACCAAGUUGCCGAUGGUCCCCCUGUUUCUGACUGUCUGUGUGUCUGUCUGUCCUUUGCCUACGGAGGUCUGAUGAAUCCCUUUCUUCGUGGAUCCCUUCCUUUUGAACCUGACCCGUUAACGGUGCCAGUCCCGUGGGAUCACAGAGAAUUGUCAGUAAAGAUCAAUCUCAUUUAAUCCUACUGUAUGAAUUCUGCAGGUACAUAAUAUUAUACAUUAUGUACUUUUAUGUACAUAUACAUCUUAAAAUAUUAGUGAUAUAGAUCAGCAGGACUCAGUAAGCUGCUGUUUGUCGCCUUUUUUCUUUUUAUCUGUCCCCUUGUUGUCAUCAUCUGUCCCGAGUGUGCUAUAUCAGUCCCGUCCUCCAUUUUUACUUGGAAGUGGUUCAGCUCGUCACUGAAAUUUAGCUGACAACAAGUUUAAAGGGAAAGGAGCUGAACUUAGGAUGGAGUUCUUGAUGUUUAUUUAUUUUUCUCCUUCUUUUUCCUUUCUGCUCCUCCUUUUUUCUCUUUUCUUCUUCUGGCACAAUAUUAGUGACUUACUUUGCCCACCCCCCUCGCUCACGCCGUUUUCCGGAGCCUUCCUUAUCGUCUAUGUGCUGUGGGUGCUGUGGUGUAGCUCCAUCGAAAAUAGAGAUUUAAAAAAACACACACUCAUAUCUAUGUAUAUAUAUACAAGACGAGAAAAAUAAAACUGAACUUUCCAAAAAAGUAGGAAAGUGGGGACACACUCUUGUGAAAUCGAUAGCUUCUGGUUUUUUCCAGACUUAAAAAACUGAUGUGGAGAGAGAAAAAAGAAGAUGAAAACCACAACAACAACAAAACGAGCAAACGCAAUCUUCCAAACCAAGAUGAUGUCACUUUUCAACACCGACUGAGGAAACUAAUUAAAUCAUCUGAGAAAAGCAGAUUAGUGAUGUGUGUGCACAUGAAUUCAGUCAUGAGAACACACACUUCUUUGUUUAAUGAUGCUCUGAAUUGUUUUUGCUUCCCUGUGAUUUCCUGUCAUGGUGGUGGUUGUCCACCAGGUUUGACUAUAUGGUGUUGUGUUGUUUGCCUGUUGGUGUGCAUGUGUGUGUGUGUGUGUGUAUGUGUGUGUGUGUUCACAGGAUUCAAAUAUGAUUCAAACUGGGCGGAAAUCUUCUCUUUUCUCUUUCUCCUCUUGCUCUCUUCUUGCUCUUCUUACUGCCAUUUCCCCCAUCCUCUACUGCCCUGCCUUUGUGAAUGAGGCGCGGGGAUGUUCAUUUUGCACUUUUUUGAAAAUGUAAUAACAAUAAUGAUGAUGAUGAGAGUUUUGAUGAUGAUUAUGGAUGUGGUGAAAAUCAAGGGAGGAAAAUCCGAAAGGGUUGGGUGGGGUGGAGGUGACGUCUGCGCUGCGAUUUCAGGGCUUUGGAGUUGAAGUGGAGGACAGAGAGGAUGUGGGGCUCUCAUCCUCCUCUUCUUGGGCUUUUCAUCUCUGCACAAAUGUGUGUGUGUGUGUGUGUGUGUGUGUGUGUGUGUGUGUGUGUGUGUGUGUGUGUGUGUGUGUGUGUGUGUGUGUGUGUGUUCAGCAACUGCAGGAGUCGUGGUGGCAGAACACAAAUGUUUGAAAUGUCAGGCUAGGAUGGAGGACACGUCUGCUUGUCACACGGAGGCUGACCAGCUCACAGUGCGAUUACACAAUGUGUUGAUUACCAACAAGGCUGUUGGAGCUCUGAGGAACAAUCUGCAACUUAGAGAAAAGUAAGAUCUCUACUAUGAUGUAUUUGGGAGUCUAAGACCAAAAUGUUGAGCAAAAAGUCUAAAUAGAAGUUAAUUUGGGAUUUAAAGGAAACCCAAAAGCGAAACAAGCACUGGUGGAAAAGCCUACAAUACCCAUAAUACUCUGGGGACAUGGACUACGCUGACUUCUGUUAGCUCUUUUAGUGUAACUUGCAUCUGGAGGUGAUUUUUCCAGCAGUAGAGGGCUUCAGAAAGAGAUUUACCAGAGGAGAACUUUAAUAAACAAUUGUUAAACAUUUCAGAUGUAUUGAGGUACGUGUUUAUUAUGAGGACAUUUAGUUCCUGUGGCUGUUCUUAAGUUAUUCCACUUCAUAGUAUGUUGAUAUAUUAUUUGACUUUUCAACAAUAAGUUCACUCCCUUCUUACGUUUUUCUUUUUUGCAUGACCCUAGAUCACAGCCAAGUCCUCUGGGUUGUUGAAGUUCACAGAAACCAUAAAAGCGUGUGUUUCAGGGCAGACGGGUGUGAUAUUAGAUGCCAGCUUGAUCUGCCACAGUGGGAUCCCAUAGAACUGGAUUAGAUGAUAUCUUUCCUCUCCUGUGAGCUGGAAAGCUCCACCGAGUGCAGCGUGCUGCAGUGGCAGCAUCUCGGUUCGUCACACACACUCAGUUCAGCUUGAUUUUUGUGUAAAUAAAACUGUUGGAAAACAGCUGCAUUAGGCUCUCACACAGCUCUCUGCUCUGUCUUUGUAAACGAACUGUAGCAGAGUUGUUACACUCUAGAACGUGGACGUCAGCUGUUAAAUGCUUUCUUUUGACUCCCAUAGCUUUCAGUUUUCAUCACUUAAUGACAAUCAUGUCUCAACCCUCUGCAGUGUUAGACUUCUUUGUUUUCCACUUGAGAGAGCAGCUUCUGUUACAUUUAUUUUUUCAUUUUUGCAAAACAGAGCAGCUGUAGCCUGAUCAGCACCUUGUUACUGAGAGCUGGUAGCUGUUUUGGGCAGCACACAGAGUGCUGAGUGUGUUCUGGUCAGUGGGGGCCUCGGUUCUGGCUGCUGUGAAGCGCUGAUCCAGUCCAGCACCCUUCAGAACAAUUGGCCAGCCAUGGAGCAGGACUUACUGCUUUGACAGGCACUGCUUGCAGUGUCACCACACAUUACACUCCCUUUAGGUGGUCAGAAAGGAGAGAUAUCUGUGUCCGUGGACCUGGGAGGGGGACGUCACUUUAUUUAACUGAAGGAACUCGGGUUAAGAAUAAAACUAGACACAGGGUGCAUUUGCUAUGUGUGCAAGAAUAAAAGAUCUUCCACCCAUUUGUUAGAUUUUCCUGCUUCAUGUGCGAUUCCCUGGGGAAAUCGAUUCUCAACACUCAUUUACCUGACGUGCGUGUCUUUAGCCUGGGAGAGCAUCCAGACUUCACUCAAAGUGGCCCACUGGGUCUGGCAGAACCACUACACAACACUGGCUGUCAGUCACUCAGCUGUUUCAUUUCCUAACCACACUUUUCUCAAGGACAAAUAAACGGCUAAUCCAUUUAACCUGAGGGAGUGUGACAACUAUGCAACUGGAGAAAGGAACAACCGAUUAGCUGAACCCCAGGCCUCUGCACUAAAUGCAGCCCUCCACAUGCAGCAUUAAAACAGUUUAAUUAAUGAAACAUCAGCUCAGCUCUAGUCCUGUGCCUAAGGACACAUCUGUCAAUCCUAAACCUGCAUGUACCAAAAAAACAGCUUUCUGCCCUGCUCUCCUCUUUAACUUUAUUCCAUUGUUAGUGGCAGGAGUAAUAGGAAAAGCAAGAAGACACAUAUUGUUGAUUUUAUAGUAAUUUAAUACAAAUCAAAUAUCGAGCAACUAAAAACGUCUUCCUUCAACUUGUAAGAAAAUGUAUUUAUAAAUGUUCAGAGCUUCUGGGAUGACACCAGCCUUGUCAGAUCCAGGAUCUGGAUCAAUGAGCAGUCUGACCUCAGAAUAUCAUCGGACAUCUACUCCUCACUACAGUUCUGUACCCUGUACAUCUAUUUCCAGCAACAGGAGGGCGAGCGUAGGCUGAAAGUCUGGGCGUUAUAACUCAGCAACUGUGUUUGAAUACCGAUGAGCUCUUAAAUGGAAAUCCUAUAAAUUAUGAUUUGUAGGUUUGGACUAAGCUAGCGGCUGACAGAGCUAGCUGUAGUGAUGACAUUUAGUCCUCACUUCAGGAAGAGGAAAUAAAAAAGCUCAGUCGUGUUUGUAAUAAAGUUCCUACUCUGAAUCUAUUUGCUGUAUAAACAGAGUAUCAGUGAUAUAUUAACCACCAGGAGAGCUUCCCUCCAUAAAUACACAGGAGUCCCACACAUUAUGCUUUCAUUUGAAGCAGUCAUCAUUAAAACGAAUGGGACGCUCAGAGCCAAACAGUAAAAAAAAAAAAAAAAAAAAAACAGGGAGCAGAUUCCAGUUUUAUUGCCCUGCCACCUGUCUUGUUCCUUCCACUAUAUUUUGUUUUCUUGGCACCCGUGAUGUCAGAAGUGACCUUCAACAAGCCGGAGCUCAUGAGAAUACCAGGGCAGCACACUGCAGAUGCUCUGAGUCAAGACGUGAUUUUUUUUUCUCGGAUGGACUCCACUCGAGGUGCUGGGCCUCCUUGUGCUCGGCUUCGGCGCUGUCUCUCAUCGUUACCGUCACGCCCCGGCAGAGUCAGUGAGCAGCUGCAGGUGUAUGCUGCAGUGAGGAAACACUUCUUAAACAAGACCUGUACGUCGAUUUCACUAACUUCUCUAUAGGGAGCUUCAAGCUGAGCACACACUCUACAAAUUUUUCACUGAGGCAAUUUUCCUUGUGAAUGUACAAGAUCAGGGCGAGUUUUGCGCUGAGCGUCGUGUAGCGUACGGGAGUUACGGGAGGUGUUUAACACCAACCAGCUACCGAUCAGCAGUCGUGAGCUCGCAUGUAUUUCUGGUGUGUUUGAUAUUCCGCUCGUCCCUCGUGAGCGCAUCGCACUGUUAAAGCAGCGCUGCGAGUGGCUGUGACCCAAAAAGCACCAGAACCGCUCGCGGUGCAUGCGCAAACAUGCGUCAGCAUGGUUUGCCCGCGAUUCACCUAUUAACACACAUCGGUCAAAAUACUUUUUUUCCACGCACAUUGACAAGGAUGGUCAAGAAAGCGUGUUAAUGUCAAAUUAAUCUGAUAAAACAUAGAUUUACUUUUUUUUUUGUCAUAUUCCACCUCCAACCCCCACAAAACCCUAUGUGUCCUCCUACAGCUCUCCUGAAGGACAACAGACAUCAAUAACAACACAAAAAAAGCUGGCGUUUUGUGUAAAAACUGCUAUUUUUAGUAUAUUUGUCGGUCCGACGUGUUGCUACCAGACCAACAGAGUGAGUAGUCAGGUCGCAUCCGAGAGCUGGGCCAUACAGUGCGAGCACAUGACUUGUGAGAUUUGCUCUGCAAGGAAGUCUUACAGUGUCCGCCCGGCUUAAGUCUCCUCCCUUUCCAGUCGACUCAUGGUUCCGCAGAAGAACGAAAAAAUAAAUGCAAUUCAACGUGGCUGAAAGAGCUUUGUUGUAAUCCGCUUUGCCGCUUACGCCCUGGAUCAUACAUGCGUUGUACUUCAAUUUAAAGUAAAAGUACCGAUGUGUGUGUCGACCAUGCCAGUCGCGUACUAUGAGAUUUUUCAGCUUGUAAAAAUUUGUAGUUUUGUAAUGACUACAAAUCAGACGUCAGUAUCUCGCAUAUGUGAGAUCAACACAGAACUUCCUCUCUCCUAGCAUAGCUGCUACUUACCACGUGGCCAGAUUUACUGUGGUUCUUUCCUCCUGGAGGAAGGAUUUGAAGUUCACUGAACUUACGGCUAUUUUUCCUCGGCUUUUCUCCGUGUCUGGUCUGAUCACGUCACUUGAUGGUGUCCUGGACGUAUUUUCACAACAAAUCUAAAAUAACGUUUCUCCCCAUUCUAAACUAAGUGCAUUCUUGGCAUCAAAAUGCAUUCUUGAAGUUCACGGACAUCAUAUAUGAAAUCCAUAACAAAUUGAAUUAGAAAAUAGCGUUUCAGCUCCAUUGACUUGUAUUCAUUUUUCAUUCUUCCAUGGACCCAUGGUCCGGAAGUAGCUGGGCAUGACUAGGCUCCCUAUUCCUUGAAGACUAACGGGAAAGUUUUUUGGUUUAUAACUGAGUUAGCUGAAAGUCUUUGAUUUUGUUGGUCUAAUUCUUUAUUAGGAUUGAUGAAUCUUAUCAGCUAUUGGUUGAAAAUCUGCGCUGACAAUCAAAAACCCCCAAAGACGUGGAGCGAUUUCAAACAUCUCCGUGUUUUUGGAUAUUUGGAUUUACCUCUAGCUGAAAUGCAGAAUUCACUCCUUAACUUCCAUCCUCCUCACUUUUUCAUCCCCAUCAUUGUCUCUGGCAGCUUCUCUGUUGACUUUGUAAAUAACUUGCAGCUCUGUUGGCUGGAGGGGUCUCGCCUGUUUGCCAAAGGGAUCUUGAUGAUAUUGUUUGUCCUUGUCAGACUUCCUCCUUUCCUUAUUCUUCUUUAUAAGUUUCCCUUGAUGGACGUGGCUUUCUGAAGUGAAGCAUUGCUAAUUCACUUUGUUGGAAAGGUGCCUGUUUUGUCUUUGGAAUAUUAAAUCAGUUUUGUUGGCGAGCCUUGAGUGUGUAUUUGGGUUAAAGUCUGACUGCAGGAAUGCCCUGAUUCAUGUUUAGAUGGCUGAAUAAUCCCAGAAUUCAUCUGGCUCACCUCUGUCAUUUUGUUGAGUGGAUUUGUGUGUUUUUGCGCGGCGCAGACAGACCUCACUUCCUUCCCCCUCGACUCACCCUUUCAAUUGUUUUAAGCAUCUGGUGAAAACCGAUGUAACUCCUCCCAAUCAGGGUUUUAGGUAAGCAUUGUAACUAAAUGAACAUUGAAAACAAUAACGAGUAAUAGAAUCUUAUUUAUUUAUCUAUUUUUGUUCACAUUUGACAGUAGUGUGUGUGUACAGUAUGUGUGUGAGUGUGUGUGUUCAUUUCUUUACACAACAUUGUGAAGAAACGACUUCUGUUUUUUGAAAACUUUAUGUAAAUAUUGUUGUUAAAAAAGAUUUGAACAGUUGUUGUUCCCCGAGUUUUCGUUUUUAGCUGAUGGAGAAAACAGACGACGUUCACGAGUACCAGUGGUGAUGUUGAUAACGACGAUGAAGCAGAUUAUUCCCGCCCUUCUUUGACAAGGGCUUUUGGUGUCUGCUGCAUUUUUGUUGGAGGCGUGGUGCGACCGAGGCAAGGCAAGCUACAAGGGAAGGAGUGGUACCCAACACAUCCCAGGGUCACCGUAGCAACACUGCCAUGCAUACGCCCAGAGUAUUCCUUAUGACAUAGUCUGUUUUCUGCGCCAUGAUGCAUCAUCACGUUCCUGUGGGACACAUCCGAGACACGCUUUGUGGCCACAGUGUGUGAGAACACCACACACCUCCCUGUGGAGUUGCUCCACCUGGCCAAUUGGCAUUGCCCUGUCAGUUUACCGGCUGGGGAUUUACUGUAAUUCCAUUGUGUUAGCCGGGAUUGGCCUUGCACUAACUCUGAUGAUGCCUUCCUCGCUGAAUUUGGAAUCAUGAUGGCCCUGCUAGGGGCUUUGCAUAAGAAUGGGCUCAUAUGGAGGAGAGAAAAAAGAUGCAACCCGUCAAUCCGGCCCCGCAAAGACAAUUUGCAUGCUUGUGACUCGGCCUCUUAUUAUGCACAAGUGACUGUCAUGACCUUAACAAAUAAUAGGGUUGUCACUUGCUUAGUGAGAGCUCCCUAAGAGCUCUCACUUUCCGACAAGGAACGUCCAGGAUUAGAGCUAAAUCAAACCAUAAACUGCCAUGCUACAGUCCUAAUGCAGACCAUUAUUAUUUGUAGCACAACAUCCAAAAACGAUGAAACAGGGAUGUGGUCCAGUUAUUUUCCCUGUAGGCCUCAUAACACCACUACUCCCCUCAUUCCACAUGCCACAGCCUCGUGUAUCUGCCCGAGCUUCUGUACAGCGCAGGGUUGGAGCUUAUCGGUUUCAAAUUUCUUUCAGGAUGGUCUCUGCCACUGAUGUGACACGGUUCAGCAGAUACUGCCAGUCGCUGUCUCCAGGAAGGACAGCGGAUACAGCUCCCCCUUCAUCUGCAAUACUGUCCCACCCUCGGGGGAGUCAGAACGUCCACAAACAAACCAAAAAUAAAAAGCUUGUGGCUACUUUCUCCCCCAAAACCCCCAGAACGUUCGCUGAUUGUAAAUGUGAUGCAGGCGGAGGAGCCUGGUAAUCCUGCCAUAACGUUUUUUUAAAUCAGGGAGGUAAUAAGCAAUACACGCAGAUGAAAUAACGCCAUACCCUGAAACUAAACGGAGAGGGGAUUUUUGCACCGAGGGAUGUCAAGGGUAACACUCCUAUAUUUUGUUCUUCUCCUCCUUUCUGAACUUGCCACGACCCACCUCUUCAACAAAGAGUGCUCUAUCUCAAGACACACAGUUGUGAUGUGUACAAUCUGAUUUCAUGUACCUAUUUAUGUAUUUUUGCCAACUUUGUAAAGUGUAUAUGAAUUAUAAAUAUAUGAACCAUGACAGUACUGUAUAGAUUUUAGCUGCCUGGUAAGGUUAAUAGUAUAUACUUGGUAGACUAAAAGACAAAGCGUAGAGCUGUUCAAAAGCCAGUUACUGACAAAAAUGCUUUCUGUAAAAACCCAGAUGCCACUGGCUCCUUUUAUAUUCUAAGUUUUGUUUCCAGUUAACUUUUUUAAUUAUAGCCAGUGGGAUCUGGAGUGUGUGUUCUUUCUGUCUGUUUGUUUGGUUGUUUUUGUUAUUUCCUUUAAGAAGACACAGCGAGGUUCUGGCAGCCAGGAGAGUGCAGUGGAACACAGACCUGAACCCUGUGCAGUAGUGUGUGUUUUCUAGGUGUGUGUCCGUCCAUUGUAGUGCUAGUGCUCUUUGUGCAGUGUCUCCCUCCUUGCUCUUAUAUAGAUUGACAUGUGACACAAUGUAUAUGUGUGUGUUUAAGUGCAGGACGGUUGUGUUUGCUGAAGCUGGCCGAUGCCCUUCUCUUCAUGUGUGUUUCCUCUCGUCCACUCUCUUCAUUACACUGCUUAGUUUUAAUCCUCCGCUAAGUAUAGAUUUCCACUUCCUCUGCUCGAUUGUUCAUUUACUCCUCCAUUCAGAUGGUAAUGCAUACACCACCAGAGUCUAAUUUCCCAGUAAUCCAUUCUCCCUCAUCUAUCUUGGCUUCUUUGUCCAUUAGCAUCUCCCAUCCGUCACCCUCCACGUUACUGAAGAGCACCUAGUUUUUGCUAUAGAGCUCUGUGGACCAGAGAAGGAUUUAGCACAAAAAAAUAAAGAAAUCAGAAACCAGGGAGGGGAUCUGUGCUUAUUCAUGCUCUUCAUCCCAGGUCGCACGUCCCCUCUUCAGACUCAGAGGAGAAAGGGAAGCUUUCGGCUCAGCAUGCAGAAUCAAAAGUCAAGCGGAGAUGUUUGUGGUGGCGUUGCUGCUGCCUGUUCGUAGCGAGAAGGUAAAGAGCCUUAAAGACUGGACCAAACGGAGACGUGUACUUCUGCUCCUUACCCCUUUCUUGCAUCACCUUUAUUACUCAGUAUUCCAACGUGUUGCUUGGUUGCUCUGUACAUAUCUGUGUAGUAUUUCUGUUAAUGUCCCUGUACUGGUAUACUAAUGGGUUCUUACUGGGCGACCCAAGCAGACGUCCUCGCCCUUUCCCCCCUGUCCUUGUCUCAUUUCUUUAGAAACUUCUAACAUUCCAUUCAACCGUCUAGUGAACAACGCUGGCGAUGAUUCGAUUUCACUGCGAGUAAAUAAAAAUGCAGGAAAACUAAACCUCAGACAUUUCCAGAGGAGCUGUGAGAAGGCAGGCAGCAUACUCGCCAAUAGGACCUUCACACACGACCCCUCUGCUCCUCCGAACUCACCUUCCACUCUAACCUAGCCUGAACUCAGAGGACGGUGAGGAAGGGUGAGGAGGUGGGAGAGCCCUGGGCGGCAGCAGAGCGUCGUGUCCCUGUGGUCACACUUUGGAUCAGGAGGGAAACAAGAGGACAUCUCAGGGUUUAACCCAGUAGCACUUUGGUUUGGCGUUCCACGUUUUUUUUCUUGGGCCUCUCCUGUUUUCGGGCCGAGCCGAAUGUGAUCUUUCUGGUUGAUUUUCUGUUUCCUUUGGUUUCAUUUUUGCUCUCCUCCACUCAUCAGUGUUAUAAAGCGUGUUGGGUGGCUGGAGCCUUGGAGCUGAGCUCUGACGUUGUUCCAUAUUAAAGAAUAAUUUUUGCUAC